AUGAACUUGUCGAACUGGAAUACUCCUCGAAAAAAAGUGCACCAUCCGGGCGUUGUCGAUUUCCAACAAAUGUUGGAGACUCCAGAUCGAAUUUUCGUCGUAAUGGAGAAAUUAAAGGGCGACAUGCUUGAGAUGAUCUUAUCCAGCGAGAAAGGGCGAUUGAGUGAGCGGAUUACGCAGUUUCUGGUUUCUCAGAUUCUUGUCGCACUCCGUUAUCUUCACAAUCAGAACAUCGUUCACUGCGACUUGAAGCCAGAGAACAUCCUCCUCACGUCAAACUCCGACUUCCCACAGGUGAAACUGUGUGACUUCGGUUUUGCUCGGAUUAUUGGCGAGAAGUCCUUCCGACGGUCAGUAGUAGGCACACCAGCCUACUUGGCUCCCGAAGUGUUGCGGAACAAGGGUUUCAAUCGUUCUCUCGAUAUGUGGAGUGUUGGUGUGAUAGUUUAUGUCAGCCUCUCUGGUACAUUCCCCUUCAACGAGGAUGAGGAUAUCCAUGAUCAAAUCCAGAACGCCGAAUUCAUGUAUCCACCGAAUCCGUGGAAAGAUAUCGGCGACUCAGGUGAGCAAAGAUGCCCGUAA